AAUGUUGAGCUAGCUUAUCACACAGCACAUCCAAGAAAACCCUCCAUUCUAAAAUAGUCAUCAUGAAGGUAGAGCUCUUUGCCAUUGUGUUCCUUUGCCUGGCUGGUAUGUUGCAUGCUGAGGCUAAGGCUCAGCAGCUUGGAGAGUCCAGUCUCACAGGUAAUGGGCAGCGUCUAGGGAGAAGGUAUGCAGAGUCAACCAUUGCCAGUGACAUGAGCAAAAUCAUGGACUCUAUGGUGCAGAAGAACUUUGUAAACUUUCUGCUGAACCAGAGGGAAAAAAAGAAUGCGCCUAAUGUCACUCCAGAGGAUGAUCCAGAGUUUCGCAUGUACAGUGAUCUCCUAAAAAAGAUUGCUGUGUGUGUCCGCAGCAAGGACCUCUGACCCAGCAGGCAAUGUGACCCAAACAAUUAGAAGCUUGAUGACCUCUGCCUUUUGAUCUGAAUUACAAGAUAUUUUGUUUUUGUUUCAAAGU